UACGAUAAUAUGUGUCAUCCAUGUCAGUGAGACAGACCACCCGAUCCCGUUAGUCGUGUCAUACGACAAGCUUGGUUACUGAAGACCACGGGUACUGUACCAAAGAAUGCAUUAAGGAUAUUGUAUUGGGGAGAAUUGAUCCGACAUUUAUGAAUGGUAAUACGCAUGGGGCUUUGAGGAGUUGGAGAAGUUGAAAAUGUUACAUUUUGUGGAGGAUUCCUCAAUGCUAUAAAUCCAGAGCAUGAGGAACAAAGCCAAUAUAUCAGAGGUCAUUAUAUAUCUAAUGAUGAAACAUUGGAAAUUGCAUCUGGAAACACGAUUAAUGAAAAAGAGAUGUUUAUAAAAGAGGUAUUUAGUGUAUUAUAGUGAGCAAAAUAACCUAGACAGAGGUGGAACGCGACAAUCUUCGGGUAUAAUCUGAAGUGACCAGAGAGUUAUCACGAAGUCAGUAACACAGACACUCUGUGUUGUAGAAACCGACUAAGACGCUGGUAUGUCCCUAACGAGGACGCUGAUAUCAAUACCAUCACAGGGUAAUGUGAGGGCAGCGUCAUUGGACUAUAAACUUCCUAGCCACCAUUAGGGGUACAUCAUCAUGGAUGGUGUUCUUGUGUUGCUGGUGGUCAUCGCCCCCGUGCUCACGUCGACAGACCUCGAUAGUUGUGUCACGCGGAGGGAGUAUGCACACCUGCAGCAGAGGGUUUACGCCAUCGAGAACAUGCAGCUUAAUACAGGUGAAGCAGGUGGAGUGUCUUUCGCUGCCACACUGACAACAUCCGUUCAGCUGAAGGAAAACGCCACCAUCGUCUUCGACAACGUCCUACUCAACACCGCCGAGGCCUACAACUCCUCCAACGGCGUCUUCACGGCCCUCUUCUACGGCAUCCACUUCUUUAGCGCAACAAUCAGAGCCGAUAAUAACACUGCUCUCACGACGGGCAUUGUAAAAAUACGAGGGUUGUAGCCCGAAUUGCGUCCAAAUCCCCUCACGGUGAUGGGCAGGGGUCAGCAAGCAUCACCCUCAAUCUCUACCCCGGGGACCAAGUGUGGGUGCAGGCGGAUCAGGAUGGAUCAGGGUAUCUCAGGGCCCAAUCGGGGUGGAAUAUCUUUACCGGGUUUCAACUAAACUCAUAUAACGGGCGCCGUCAUGGGGUGGAACUUCAAACGGCGGAACCUAAAGACUUUUCCGUUCAAUAAUAAAGUGGUGUUAAAUAUAA